AGAUCCAAGAUGGCAGCCAGCAGGAGGCUGAUGAAGGAGCUUGAAGAAAUCCGCAAAUAUGGAAUGAAAAACUUCCGUAAUAUCCAGGUUGAUGAAGCUAAUUUAUUGACUUGGCAAGGGCUUAUUGUUCCUGACAAUCCUCCAUAUGAUAAGGGAGCCUUCAGAAUCGAACUCAACUUUCCAGUAGAGUAUCCAUUCAAACCUCCUAAGAUUACAUUUAAAACAAAGAUCUAUCACCCUAACAUCGAUGAAAAGGGGCAGGUUUGUCUGCCAGUAAUUAGUGCUGAAAACUGGAAGCCAGCAACCAAAACUGACCAAGUAAUCCAGUCCCUCAUAGCACUGGUGAAUGACCCACAGCCCGAGCACCCCCUUCGGGCUGACCUAGCUGAAGAAUACUCUAAGGACCGUAAAAAAUUCUGUAAGAACGCUGAAGAGUUUACAAAGAAAUAUGGUGAAAAGCGACCAGUGGACUAAAAUCUGACACGAUUGAUGUCAGCAACGUGUGUUAGAAGAUCCGGAGCAGUGCAUUUCAGACACACCACAAAGCAGGACUCUAUGGAAAAUUGACAAGUGCCACCUUUUGGUGUUUACUUGUGGCUGUUACUAACUUUCUACAGUUUUCUUAAUCAAAAGUGGUCUAGGUAACCUGUAAAGAAAGGAU